AUGUCUCAAUGUCGAAAAGGACAUACGGUGAACGACAUCGACCACCUCAUCGAACAUAAACUAGAACCUAUUGUGGUUACCGUCGGGCACACUACAUCUCAAAUUACUGCGGGAACAGUUCGUCUCAGAGACAAAGCUCUGAAACUAGUAGAAAUUUUAUUGAACAGAGCUCCUCGGUUUAUUCGACCUGCAACAGAAAGAAUCGGCGAUCGUCUUAAGAUUGCUUGGAAUGAUAUCCCGCCUCUUCGUUGGACAACAUAUUUGGCGUUAACAUUCUGCUUAAUCCCGCUCGCAAUUUUUCUUUGUUGGAGUAUUUUGACCUCGGUUGCCAUCCUGGCUACCGCCGGAAUUGUAAUCGUGAUCAUCGAGGCACCCAUCCGAGAUGAAAAACUUCCGACUCCAGAUGAUGUCAGGAAAGCUGUCGAAAAUUUAGAACGGAUAGUUCUCUCCGCGAAUGAUUAUUGUGACUCCAUUGACAAAUUAAGUAAGGCAUCGAAGGCUUUUAGUAAAUCGCUCAAAGAUUACGGAAAUAUCAAAGGAAUGGAUGCCACUCAUGUGACAUGUUUUCAGGUUACAUCACAAUUUUACGAGAGUUGCGCCGAAGUACAAUCGAAGUUGAAUAAAUCGAUACAAAAAGAAUUUGAGGCAUUGCAAAAGCUCUGGGACAAAUACUCUAAAAAAGUGACGAAGGAGGAGAAAGCGCACAAUGAUUACAUCGACGAUUUAGAUAGACAAUUAAACAAGAUUACCGCGGAUUAUGACAGGAGAAUCAAGAAAGAUAAUAAUAAUAAAACAUCCGCAGAAUCGUAUGAGAGUAUUUGUCGCAUGGUAGAGAAUCAAAAUAAUUCGUUCGAUGAUUCCAAAAAAAAAGGUGGCACCAGUGUGACAAAGAUAAAUGAAAUAUUACCUUCAAUCGGGGUUUUUGCGCAAGCGUCACAAGACGAUAACGAGGAUGGUAGUGGUGUUAGUGUUUGCACAAUAAUAUCAAAACCAGCCAAGGAAAUUGCGAUGAUUACACGAAAGUUAUCGCGAAGAGCUUCGCAUAAAGUAUCGCAGUCUAUCGCAUCCAUAUCCGAACUACAGAUAGCCGCAAUGAACUAUCUGUCACCCGACUUCUCAAAACCCUUAAGCGAAGAUCAAGAACAUCUCUCGUCCUCGAAAUCUUCCCCACCUCCUCAGAUUCCUGUCCUAAUCCCUUCGGACCCAAUUAAUAUACAAUUCAAUCAACCCAUACCAAUAUUACCCGAAGAAACGAUCACCUCCUGGAAUGGUCGACCCAAGGAGAACGGCGUAAAAAAAAGCGACCGUCACAUUUCCUUACCACAAAAUCUCGACAUCAUAUCACAAAUAUCCUCACCAAUCCCUUUAACCGCCAAACCGAGGACACCCGACUUGAUUUCAAAAAUCUCCAUAGGUAUCCACGAAGACGACCAUCCAUUCUUUCGGGAUUACGAUGUAAAUUUCUCAUCUAAUGAUAACAGUGAAGUCAUCAAUAACAGCCAAGAUUCACCAAAUCCUUUGCAGUCAUCGGAAAAACCACAAAGUGACAAUGAGAAUAAAAGAUUAACCAUCAUCACCGGAAAUAAUUUUUCGAGUAGUAACGCCAAUAAUGGUGUGGGUGGAGAAGAUGACCGAUCAACAGAAGAAACCAAACCAGAUAGUAUUAAUGAUAAACCACCAAAUCCUGCGUACAGCUUUGACACUCGGUAUUUAGUUUGCUCAUUUCCUGUUGACUUGCCAGUUCGCACGCCACCCUGUUCACCUUCUACAUCACCUAGACAAUCUGACAUGUGUUAUUAUAAUCCCAAUUAUGUAAAUAGUAAUAAUUUUGACAGCGAGAGGGUGGAGAUUGAAAGAAAAAUUGAACCAAAGAAGAGAGAACGUCUUCAACACAUUUUUAGCCAGUCAGAUGGAAACACUAGACAGGGGGAAAAAUAUAAUGAUGAGCCUGAUGAGUUCGUUUCCAAGAAUGAUCAUCAAUCCGAAAUAACUUGUUCUUCACCAAGCACGAUUAGCAAUGAAGAUGCGGACAAACAGAAUGGCAGACUGGACAAUCACAAUACGAAGACAUCAUCUCCAUCUCCGUUAUCAAUAAAAUCAGAUGUGGCGGAAAGCGAAAGAGCUCGUACGCGCGCUCCGUAUAAUUUGAGUCCACGACGUGCAUACACGGAUUAUCCUUUGCCUAUUAAUACCAAUAAGCGGGCUGGUCCAUCCGUUGCUGACUUGAGAGAACGUUUUUCAUCGUCAUUAAAUAAUGAGAAAGAAAAGAUCCCGACUGUUCCACGCAGUGUUCCAAUAUCGAGACAAGGUCGUGUCAUUACCUUGUUGUCAAAAUUUGAUGCCGAGGGCCCCAAUACUCGUCAAUCCUCGAGAUCUAGUAAUCAUUCAAGAUCGGACGAUUACCUUUUUAGAGAUCAAGAUUCGAGAUCUAGUAAUCAUUCGAGAUCCGACGAUUAUUUUUUUAAAGAUCAAGAUUCGAGAUCUUGUGACUACGACUAUGACAAUCAGCAUCACGAAGAUGAUAGAGACAACGACGAAUACAUCGAUCAUGUUCGCGACGAACACGUUCUUUCAUCAUCACCAACCAAACAAGAAGAAUGUGAUUGUCAUAUUUGUCAAAAGGUGAAUUCAUCUUUAGACCCUCAAGACGAUUCGUCAACAUUCGGAAGGAGAAGUUUUUGUGAGAAUAGUAGUAACAUAUGA